CACGCACACGGCAGUAUCUCCAAAAAAGCUAAAAUUACCUCACUGUCUGAGUCUGUAUCAGACAACGAAUCUGACAGUGAAGCAUUGCUGGGAGACGCGGAGCAGGGACAUCACAAUGGCAAUGAGAACAAUUCGAACGAGGACGAACAACAACCCACCAACAUGGCGGACGUAGAUGACCCCUUGCUUGAAGAAAUCGCGCUGUCACUUGACGAACCUGAGCGAACGGGCGACCCCGUUUCGGAUAAACUAGCAUUGAUUGCAAACAAACUCUGGAAUCAUAAAUUAAGUGACGACCAGCUAAAAGAAAAGUCCGAAAAAUUCCCGCGACCAGCGAACUGCGACAAAGUUGUAAGCCGACGUGUAAACCCUGAAAUAUGGGCUAAAUUGCCAAGGGCUGUUCGUGUCGAGGAUCACAAGCUCUUUCGUGUACAAACCCAGCUUAGCACAGUCACUAACCUUGUAGUGCAGGCUACAGAUAUGCUGUUGAAAGCAAAAUCUGACCCAAAAGUCUACAAAUUGAUGACCUG